GGUGCAGUGGGAUAGGGGCAUGCGAGAUGAUAAGAGAAAGAAGGCAGGUCCUUAGGAGACAGAGCUUAAGCUGGGAAUAAACAGAUAUCUGCAGGCACAACGACAUUUGCUUGACGAACUGAUGAAAUUUUAAGGACAAUCAUUUCGUGGAAUAAAUUGACAUCUUGGUUUAAUUACUGAAUUGAGUGUGCUUCUUGCAAACGAUCAUUGGUUUCUUAAAUAUGUCAAACGUAGAAUGGAGAAACGAGCUGUUGGAAAACGCCGAGUACCUUUGUUCGGGAACGGCUUCUGAGGUCUACACGUCUACAGCAAAAAAAGGAACAAAAGGAAGCACCCGAGUGUAUGUUGUCAAAGUUCAAGACUUAAGUGGGAAACGCCCUCCUCAUGAUGCCAAACGGGGUUUCAAAAUAUUAUCUGAGCUUCGUCAUCCAAACAUUGAUGUGAUUGAGGACGCAUUUAUGGACAAGUUUGGGUCGUUAUGCAUUGUGUCUGCCUAUAAACGGUUCACAUUGAGCUCGUGUCAGUCGCAACUGAGCUAUGAAGCUAAAUUAAAAGUUUCAAUGGACAUAGCUUCUGCACUGGAUUAUUUGUAUGAAAAUGAAAUCAUUCACCGAGACAUUCAUCCAAACAACGUCCUUUUGGACUCACUAGACGGGCCGGCUAUAUUGACGGACUUCAGUACUGCCUGGUCCUAUAAUUGCAAGGGACAAGAGAAACAAGGACUAAUUACACAGAUAGGAACAGGACAUUAUAAGCCCGUGGAGACGCUAUUUGGCUAUCAAUAUUAUUACUGUGAAGUAGAUUGGUGGGCUUUUGGCAUUCUGGUUGCUGAACUAUUUUCACAAACGGACCUUUUUGAUGACGGCUCACGGGAGGGUUGGCCAAGUGAAUUAAAGUUGAUCAACAGUAUAUUCAAAACUCUUGGAACCCCCAAUCCAAAUAUUUGGCCAGCGCUUGCUACUUUUCCCGAUUGGAACAAGUUUGUAUUUACUAAGUACCAUGGAAAACAUUGGGAAGACAUCCUUCCCAAUGUUUCCGAAGACAUACAACUAUUAGUAAGUACUAUGGUGAAAUAUACUGGUAGGGGAAUACCAUCUUCUGUACGAGAACAUCUAGAACAACUCCUUAUCGAACAUAAAAAAACUGUCAAGUAAGAAGUGCCGCUUUUCGGUACUAAUAGAUUUUGUUUAGCAAUUUAAAAACGCUUAAACUUUAACCAUUACCCCUCGUCAUUCCGAUCAUUUCUUUAGAUCAAUGCG